UAGUUAAGAAUAAGACUUGGGUUUUCAAGUGUUUGAGCAACUUGCUACUGCCCAAGUCAUGACGCUCCCAUUUCGGAAGGACUUGGACAAGUACAAAGAUCUUGAUGAGGAUGAAAUUCUUGGCAAGCUUUCAGAAGAAGAACUGAAACAACUGGAAACUGUUUUGGAUGAUCUUGACCCUGAGAACGCACUUCUGCCUGCAGGCUUCCGACAGAAAGACCAGACUGCUAAAAAGGCUUCAGGUCCCUUCGACAGGGAACGGCUCCUUGCAUAUUUAGAGAAGCAGGCUCUUGAGCACAAAGACAGGGAAGACUAUGUGCCUUUCACAAGAGAAAAGAAAGGGAAAAUAUUUAUCCCCAAGCAGAAGCCUGUACAGUCUUAUACGGAAGAAAAAUUCUCUCUUGAUCCAGAACUGGAGGAAGCCUUGACCAGUGCCACAGACACAGAAUUAGGUGACCUUGCAGCUAUACUGGGAAUGUCCAACUUGAUAACAAACAGUCAGUUCUGUGAUGUAGUGGGAAGCAGUAAUGGGGUUGACAAAGACAGCUUCUCAAAUAUAGUCAAAGGUGAAAAAAUGUUGCCUGUUUUUGAUGAACCACCAAAUCCAACAAAUGUGGAGGAGACAUUGCAAAGGAUUAAAGAUAAUGAUUCUCGUCUUGUUGAAGUUAAUCUAAAUAACAUUAAGAACAUACCAAUUCCAACGCUGAAAGAAUUUGCGAAAGCCUUAGAAACCAACACACAUGUGAAGAAUUUCAGCCUUGCAGCCACCCGAAGCAAUGAUCCUGUUGCUGUUGCUCUUGCAGAUAUGCUGAGAGUAAACACCAAGUUAAAAAGUUUAAACAUAGAAUCAAACUUCAUCACUGGAGUUGGAAUUUUGGCACUGGUUGAUGCACUGAAAGACAAUGAAACACUGAUGGAGAUCAAAAUUGAUAAUCAGAGGCAGCAGCUGGGCACGAUUGCAGAAGUAGAAAUUGCCAAGAUGCUUGAAGAAAACACCAGGAUCCUCAAAUUUGGAUACCAUUUCACACAACAGGGACCUCGAGCCAGGGCAGCUGCAGCUAUCACAAAAAAUAAUGAUUUGGUCUGGAGUAUGCGAGUAAAAGUUUCUGCAAAUACCUUUUCAUCUCUCCAGCCCCGAAGCUACAGAGACAGUUCGCAAGAGAAGGGUUGAAGGAGACAACUAGCAGAUCUUCUUGUCAAAACGGUGUGGAGAUUUCAAGGGUCGUCAAGGCACACUCAUCUCCGUGGGCUUUGGCAAUCUUGGACUGCAUUUACCUGGGUUAGAAGGGAAAAGACUGGAAACCCCUUUCCUUUUAAAGCAAAGCUAUAUUAAUAAUCUGCUGGUAUGCAUCACAUUUUUCAGAUUGAGACACAGUAACUGCACCAGUCUCUGUACCAUAGUUUUUGAUUGGUUUUGUUUUUUAAGAUCUUUUUUUAUAUUUCAAGACUUUGGCUGUGCUUUCUACUAAAAAUGUAAUUACAAAUCAAUGGUAUUAAUUGUAGUCAAAGAAUGGGACAUUCAAGAUCAUUGGUCAGAUAAUGACCCAAUUGAAAUAUUUGUUAGAAAAUCUGGGGGUGGUUAUUUACGUGGAGGGGUGUGUAUGUUCUUGAAAACAAUGCGUUAGUGAUAAGGGAUUCUUCACACAACAGUCGGGCUCAUUGUGUAGAGCUGUUCAGCCUUGUUCAUAUGCACUGAAAAGAAAUCUUUCACAGCUAUCUUAUUUGUAAUUCUACUCAUUUUUUUAUUAGUUCUUCAUACUGUGAUUAAGUUUAAAGACAUCCCUUUAAAGCAAACAAAAAUAAAUUGGCUAAGGACUUCUCCUGAGAGAUCUGAGGAAUUAAUAAAAAAGUGGAAGCCUUACAAAAAAAUAGGAGCCUUGCAAAAUGACAGUUUUACUGUUAUACCUGAAUCCUUGAAGUGAAAAGGUCAUAUAACUGUAUCUUGUUCUGUAACUAAAGUGGAUACGUUUUAAGACUGAUUUUCAUGUGUUCAUCAGCAUUAUUUAGUUACAUAAAAUCCUUAUCUACAUUCAUAAGUAUCAAUUUCUCUAGAAGUAGUGGACGUGCAUUUUUUUAAUUCUGCGUAAUUCUGUACAGGAGAAGCAGCCUUAACUGUCAAACCACUGUCCUAAUUUCUGGUAAAUGGAAAAAUCCCAUUUUUCAAGCUGUUGCAUUAAACUAUUAGUACUUCAUAUAAAUCUAUCAGUUUUUAAUAAAACAAUGAAGCAGCACUUUUAAGAAAGGAUUUUUCUAUUCCACAUAAGUCUUGAUGAUGAAACACUACGUAAGGCAUGCAGAAAUUAACCAAAUCUAUAUGGUGUAGUAAUUAUGAAAGUAUUUAAAGUUCUAUAUCUAAGCAAAUUAAUAAGGCAACAAGAAUCACUUCAACUUCUGUACAUAAUCACAGUAAACUUCUUUGAAGUAAUGUUAAAAUCUAAAGGCUUUUUGGUGUAGGUUUGUUUGGACUGGACUGUAAUAGUUUGCUCAAUGUUGUCGUGAAAUCAAACUCAGAAAAAUGUUCUAAAGGACUGCCUGGCUAUAUAGCAACAGAAUUCAACUGACAACUGCUUUCAUCAAGGGAUCAUAAUAUGGUGAGAAUUUUAUGUGUAGAAAACAUAUUGGACUGAGAUUUUUGCAUCAGGUUGUAUAUACUAUGAAAAUUUAACAGAGCAACUCUGACACCGGGCCCAUGUUGUAAUUUGUUGCAAAUCUCGUUUUGGAUCUUUAAAGACAGACUUUAUUCCAGAGGUGACUUUGAAUUUUACUGCAACUGUACAGAGAAUUUUAAACUCUAGUGCCUUCAGUGAAGAUGUAUAUAACUGGUUUAUACUCGUGAAAGGACCUUUUUUUUUUUUUUUCAUAUUUCAGAAUCGGCCUUUUAUUAUAAUUACAAAUAAAUGUGUGCUCUGAAAAGCAAGUGGGAAUGAAUUCUGUUAAAACCAAAGACUAUACAUACUAUAACUCUGAAACAGCUAGAUGUGAUCUGACUAGAAACAAAAAGGGCUUCUUUGGGGUUUGGCGUUUGUAAAUUUUCAAGAACUUCGUAGAUUUUGAAAUGUAUGUUCUUACAUAGUACACGUGAAGUCACAAGUGUCUUUUUACAGACAGUGCUGUAUAAACAUGGCCAAAGCAUGUCAUGUGCUGAGUUGCCUAAAGCUGUACUUUACUUUUUAUUUGCUAGGCACCAUAAUCAUUUUGUGUCAAAAAACAGGCUGUAGUGUCUUCCUUCAUUUGUUGAAGGGCUGCAUGUUCAUAGAAUCUCUUCAUGUAUUGUGAUUGUGUGAUGAUUUAUUUUAUCAUUAUCUAACAAGAUUAGGCAGUUGUCUCCUACUUGAAGAUAAAGGAGAAAAAUUGAAAGGCUGGAUUAUGGAAAUUAUAGCCCACAUCCCUCCCUUUAUUAAACCAAAUUUAGCUGCUUAAUGAUUUGUAUUCCAAUCAAAGGCAGGGGCUCAAACUGCAGCUCUCAGGUGUUGUGCCACAGAUGAUAGUAGUGGACCUUCAGAAUUGAUUUAGCUCUGUAGUCAGCAGUUAAGGAUUUGACUGCUUGUUGGCACUUUCUGGACAGAUACCUGACAGGCUGGGUAUAGAAAACUAGAGGGGUUUUUUUCAGCCAGAAGAGUUUGGCCCUCCAGAUUGUUGCAGGACAUUUAGCAUGGUGCAUGGAACACUUACAACAGUCGCUUUUCUGCCUAUAAUGUGUAUCCUUUUUGGAAUAAAUGAAGGAAUUCAGUCUGUAGCCAGGAAUUGUGGACAGUCUCAACACGCAAAGUGAACAUUGAUGUAAUGCUGUCAAGUGUAGUGAAAUCUUGUGAAUGACUUCAUUAUUUUUGAGUACAAAAGCGGUAUUACUUCGAUAACCAGCUACCAUAAGCACAAGGUCUCUUUUACAAAAGAGGUGAUACUUUUUUUUCUUGAUUAUUUUUCAGGCUUAAUGUAGAAGCCAAAUGACCACAUGCACUGGUUCUGUUGGUUCCAGGGAAACAUAGCCUAUUAAUCCAAUGCAAUUAUCUAUUUACUGAUGUAUUUUAAAGAAAUAGUCUCACUCUCUCUACAGCUUGAGUAAUACUGUUUGUAAGCUACAAACGAGCAAGUGUUCAUUUAAAUUUCCCUUGAGGAAACAUGAAUUGAGUGUUUUUGCAUAUCAGCACUAUAUGCUGUCAGAUUGUAAACCAGUACAAGUUUUGGAUGAUUAAAGUACUGUAUUCUUGUGG